ACUAUACGCGAACACCAAAGCCAUGUAUAUGGCUUCCGCGUACAUGGUGUCUUAAAAAUAGUAUUCGUCCAAACCAAAUUUUGUCCCUCCGUUCCUCCAAUCAAUGUCAAUCAUCAGAUCAAAACUGCUCAAUAUUUUUUGCUUCAGUAAAAUUGUAUUCAAAAUAUUCAGUUUUAUUUCGAGAUAAUCCUUCGUUCCCCGAUAAAUUAGAAUUUCAAUUGCCAAACGCAUCGUCAAAUUCUGAUAUUUCACAUGCAAAACAUGAGCUUGACAGGGGUGAUUCGCAGGCCGUGAUUUCAAAGUCACUAGCUUGUAAUUUAGGUAUUUGUUCUUUAUUUGAUAGGGUAGAUAAUUUGGAAUUUUCUAUACGACUAAAUCUUAUUGAAGUGGUCAAUAAUAUUCCAAUCGCAACUCGCGUCAUUUUGUCCAGUAUAACCAAACAUUUUGCGAACGCUCAUGAUGACAAUUCAGCGAGUAACAAUAUUGAUGAGAAUCUUAUUAAAAGAGUUCAUCUAGGGUCGAUUGUUUCUACCAAUACCUGGAUCUGUUAUCAAGGAUGUAAUGGGAUGGAAUUUUUAAAAGUCUUGCAAAUUUAUAUAAACGAUGAUAACACAGUUUUGGCAACAAAAAAUGUAGUCGUUUCAUCAAUUGAAUCAGUAGAUCAUAUUUCAAAAAUUUCUGAGACAACAAAGAUUGAAAUUACUAAUGAUCCAAAUGU